CAAACAACUGUUUAGAGCCAUGGGGUCAUUCCCUUGAAAGCACAAAGACUCCUGCAAGUCCCUAACGGGAAUAGAAGCUUAAACAAAGAGUUCCUGUAUGAUGAAUGAGCACUCUAACGUCUGUUAUCCGAAUUCAGAUUCUCGAGGGUCAGCCGAAUCAAAGAUUUUUGCAGCCUUAAAAGGUUCAAAUCUGAAUUUGGUGGUAAAGCAAAUGGACGAAGAUAAAGUUGUGGUAGUAGGGCUCAUUUCUGACACGCAUGGAGUUGUAGAGGAGGCAGCUCUGCAAGCAUUGAAAAGAGCCACCGAUACCAUUAUACAUGCAGGUGAUGUAGGUGAUAAGAAUUACAAAAGUCGUCUUUCUGCAGAGCAAAUAAUUGCACAUUUACAAAGGGGCACCAAUAAGUCAAUAGUUGCAGUUUCUGGCAAUGUAGAUGAAGGACAUGCAGACUUGCCGCAUUCUGUAAGCCUAGCAAUUCAUGGGAAGAAUAUUUUAGUUGAGCAUAUAUGUGGUUUCCCUCCAAAGAAAGAACUUGAAGAACGUGUAAUUGCAAGUUGUAUUGAUAUUGUGGUGUUUGGACACUCCCAUGUUCCUGGUGUAUGGUGGCAUAAUAAUGCUUUGUAUGUGAAUCCUGGCAGUGCUGGCCCAAGACGAUUCAAGCUUCCACGUUGUAUUGCAUUUCUGAUGAUCCAUUCAACAGGUGAUGUUGAAGUAGAAUUCACACCAAUUGACUCUCUUCCACAGGACAGGAUUGGACUUCCAUCACCAUUUAAAAUUCCCACAAAGUUCCAUGGCAAAUCAGAUGAGCGAAAUGAAGUAAAAGAAACAGCUAAAGAUCAUAAUAAAUGACGUAGGUAAUCUUGCUAUAUUCCUUUUUGAAUUGUUUUCCAAAUUUUGAGCUUAGAUAUCUGAUGAUAGUUAGCACUUAAUUUUUCUUUGUAUAGUAGAUUUUUGUAUUCUCGAGGUCAGGUUUCUCAUAGCAUGUUAAUAGAGGGUUUUGUACAUGGGCCGUUUUUUGAGGCAUGAAUCCUCAAUGAGCAUUAAAUGAAAUAUGUCUUUUCUAUCUUAUGAAUGGUUUGGCUCAAUGCCAAAUGAAUUAUUUUGCUGAGCCCUUUGCUUGUCAAAGUUACCUACAGCACACACAUUUUCCUUUUAUGCUUUUUCAAACUCAUUUAGAAUUAUUUAGUUCUAAUGUUCAGCUUGCUUCUCUCGUUACAUCUUA